GCAGGAUACAUCCCGGCCUGCCUCCCCUCCUCAGGUUACAAGAAUGAGAAGAAGAAAGCCCAUCGCCGGGGGGCCUCUCCCGACCCCCUUUACACCCCCAUCCAGGAGGACUACAGCGACCCCGAGAGCCCCCAGUCCAGCCUCUCCUCUCACUACUUCCAGGGCGAAGCGGCCGUCACCGAGAGCUACUCCAUGGAUGCCUUCUUCAUCAUCGACGGACGAUCCCGCCGGCGAGCCGAGGGCCCUCGUCACGGGGCGCACCGCCACGCCUGCACCGAAUGCGGCAAGACCUACGCCACCUCCUCCAACCUCAGCCGGCACAAGCAGACGCACCGCAGCCUGGAUAGCAAGCUGGCGCGCAAGUGCCCGACGUGUAGCAAAGCCUACGUCUCCAUGCCGGCCUUGGCCAUGCACCUGCUGACCCACAACCUCAAACACAAGUGCGCCGUCUGCGGCAAGGCCUUCAGCCGGCCGUGGCUGCUGCAGGGACACAUGCGCUCGCACACCGGGGAGAAGCCCUUCGGCUGCUCGCACUGCGGGAAGGCCUUUGCCGACCGCUCCAACCUGCGGGCGCACAUGCAAACUCACUCGGCGCUCAAGCACUACCGUUGCAAGCAAUGCCACAAGACUUUCGCUCUCAAAUCCUACCUCCACAAACACUACGAGUCGGCCUGCUUCAAAGGGCCCGAACACGCCUGCCCGGCAGAGAACUGA